AUGCCGACGUCUACAAAAACCAUAUCCGCUGAAAUAUCACUUCAGUACCUCAUUUGGAUUCAUGUGUUCCCGUAUAUUUCCAAACGAGGAAAUAGUAUUAGGCGAAGAGCCUCAGCUUCGGGGCGAGGUCCCCUCCCGCGUACCCCUAGUCCCCCAACAACCUCCCAUGCACGGCCCCAAUUAUACUCUCCAGAAAGUUGGCAAUACCAAGUAGCGGAGAAUCUUCUUAGGGCCAGCCGCACGAGCCAUGGAUCGUCUUCCACUGACACAUACGGCACUUCCUCAGCGACUCCUAAACAAACCGAUAGGCUAGACACUCGCACUUCCACACCAAUUUCACAAAAGAAUGCUGAAGGAUCAAGCACGCAAACGCCAGCGUCAACGGUAACCCCGGCAACACCGGUAACUCCAACAGAUCCGCAAGGAGGAACUAUACAAGAGCAUGUAGCUAUACGAAUUCAAGAAGACGAGAAUAAAAGUCGAGGUGGCAGUGUUCCUCGACGAAAGAGUAAAAGACUUUCGCGCAGUUUAUCACAUGGAUCUUGGCCCGGUUGGGCUUCAUUAUAUUAUUCGAAAUUUGAUAAUGCGACAGAUACGCCUAUCACUUCUCAGGGAAGUUCUAGUGGCGAUAAAAGCAAAGAUACCAAAACUGCAAAAGACAAAUCCAAUGCAGACGCAGAUACUGCAAGCGCUACUUCGAUUACACAGCCAAUUCAAGGUAGCAGCACACAGAAAAUUUCAUUCUCCUCCUCCCAACCGCCGCCCUCUUCUUCAGUAUCGCUUACCCAACGCUCAAGUCGAGAUGUCCAACCUCCCAUACCGGUUCAACAGAAACGUCCUUCUCCAUCGUCAUCCGUAGAUGACGAGCCUACACGAGCCUGGAGUCCAUAUGUGCGUGACCCCAUAGUCGUAUGUCCAACCGGGUCAAUUCUCUUUUUGUUUGGAUUUCUAUUCCCACCAUUGUGGUGGAUUGGAUCUUUUUAUCCUCGACGUCCACGGACAAGCGCACAUGAACGAUGGAAGAUGUAUAAUAGAUUAAUGUCUGUGGUAUCGUCGUUUAUAAUUGCGGGAAUUUUGGGAAUUGCUAUCUGGUAUUUGGUUCAUAAAUCCAAAAAUAGUGUGUGA